UUUUCAGAUAGAAGGUGAGGAGAGGAUAUUGGAUAAACCCCGUUGGAUCAAAACCUUUCACUGUUCCAAAACCCCACUUUUUCCCUUUUUGCUUCUUCUGCUACUCCAAUUGUCCAAAAAUGGCUGCAAUCUCAUCCCUCUUAUCUCCCCACACUCUCAUAUUCCACCCCAUAAAAUCCAACCAAACCCCACCAUCACCACCAAAAAUCUCCUUCCAUUUCCUCAACCCAACCCCAUUUCAGGUUCUUCCCAAACUCACUUCCAAUUAUCUGGUUCUCUCUCCCCGAGAAUCCCAUAGGCUCUUUGCUGUAGCUGAAGAUGUCUCAGCCGACCCUUCUUCGGAAGCCGCCAAGAGACUCUACGUUGGCAACAUUCCGAGGAACAUCAAUAAUGAGGAGCUUACUAAGAUUUUUGGAGAACAUGGUGCUGUUGAGAAGGCCGAGGUGAUGUAUGAUAAGUAUUCUGGAAGGAGCCGGCGGUUUGCAUUUGUUACAAUGAAGACUGUUGAGGAUGCAAAUGCAGCAAUUGAGAAACUGAAUGGAACUGAGAUUGGAGGACGUGAAAUCAAAGUAAACAUAACAGAAAAACCCUUGACCAGAGUAGAUCUGUCGCUUCUCCAGGCAGAGGAAUCCCAAUUCAUUGAUAGCCCUCACAAGGUUUAUGUUGGAAAUCUCGCAAAGACAGUGACUACAGAUACCCUGAAGAACUUUUUCUCUGAGAAGGGGAAUGUUCUUAGCGCAAAGGUUUCCCGGCUCCCAGGAACUUCAAAGUCCAGCGGGUUUGGGUUUGUUUCGUUCUCUUCGGAGGAGGAUGUGGAAGCUGCUAUCUCAUCUUUCAACAAUUCUUUAUUGGAAGGGCAAAGAAUUCGAGUAAACAAGGCAUAAUAUAGGUGGCGCAAUUAUGGAGUUUUAAUCUUCUUGUAUCCACUAUAUUAGAAAUAGAGCAGUCUAUUUAUAUGUGAAAUGAAAAUCAACUGUAGUGCUUCACCUUUUGAUUAUUAUAAUAGUAAUAUUUUGUUUA